UCGCAAAAUUUCCGGAAAAACCAGAAGCUACAGCUCUCUCUCUGGAGGCUGAGAGGAAAAGGGAAAGAACGAUUGUUUUCUGUUUGGUUCCAUUUCCAUUUCCAUUCCACCUGUGCUGUUGUUUGUUGUUUCCUUCUUUAUCGUCUUCCUCCACCUCAAUUCUCUCUCUCUCUCUCUCUCUGCUUACCUGGAAGCAAGUCUUGGAGCUGUUAUUAUUACAACUAAGGCACUGCUUCAUCGUCCUCGCCACCUUCCCUCCGAUCCGAGUAGCUGAGCUCGGAUUUUGGGAGACGCGGUUGUUGAGGAACUCAAUGAGGUAGGGAGAGUGGGGAAAGGAAGAUCUCAAGCGUACAAAGAUCGCUCGCCAUGGCUACGCCAGUCAACAUUAUAGUGGGUUCUCAUGUAUGGGUUGAAGACCCCGAUGAGGCAUGGGUUGAUGGAGAAGUAGUGAAGAUUGAUGGAGAACAGGUCCAUGUCAAUGCAACAAAUGGGAAGAAAGUUGUUGCAAAUAUCUCCAAAGUGUUCCCCAAGGAUACAGAAGCUCCAGCUGGAGGUGUGGAUGACAUGACAAAGCUGUCAUAUUUGCAUGAGCCUGGAGUUUUGAGUAACUUGGCUUCCAGAUAUGAGCUCAAUGAAAUCUAUACUUACACGGGAAAUAUACUGAUUGCGAUAAAUCCUUUCCAAAGACUACCGCACCUGUAUGACACUCACAUGAUGGAACAAUAUAAAGGUGCGGGGUUCGGAGAGCUAAGCCCGCAUGUUUUUGCAGUUGCAGAUGUUGCAUAUAGGGCCAUGAUUAAUGAAGGAAAGAGCAACUCGAUUCUAGUCAGUGGAGAAAGUGGUGCAGGGAAGACAGAGACAACAAAGAUGCUCAUGCGAUAUCUUGCAUACCUAGGUGGUCGGUCUGGCGUGGAAGGGAGAACUGUUGAACAACAAGUUCUAGAAUCCAACCCAGUUCUUGAAGCCUUUGGCAAUGCAAAAACUGUUAGGAACAACAACUCAAGUCGUUUUGGUAAAUUCGUUGAGAUCCAAUUUGACAAGAAUGGGAGGAUAUCGGGAGCCGCUAUACGAACUUAUUUGCUGGAAAGAUCUCGUGUUUGCCAAAUUGCUUCUCCUGAAAGAAACUACCAUUGCUUUUACCUUCUUUGUGCUUCACCACCUGAGGAAAGGGAGAAGUUUAAGUUGGGAAGCCCCAGUUCUUACCAUUACUUGAAUCAAUCAGACUGCUAUGAACUGGCUGGUGUAAAUGAUACAGAGGAAUACCUUGCCACAAGAAGGGCAAUGGAUGUAGUUGGCUUAAGUGAGGAUGACCAGGAUUCUAUCUUCAAGGUUGUAGCUGCAGUUUUGCAUCUUGGGAAUGUUGAAUUCGCUAAGGGACCGGAGAUAGACUCUUCUGUUAUUAAGGAUGAAAAGUCAAGGUUCCAUCUCAAUACAGUGGCAGAACUACUCCAGUGCGAUGUCAAAAGCUUGGAAGAUGCAUUGGUAAAGCGUGUUAUGGUAACACCUGAAGAGAUUAUUAAGAGACCUCUUGAUCCUGCUGGUGCAUUAGGAAGUCGAGAUGCCUUGGCGAAAACCAUUUAUUCUCGCUUGUUUGAUUGGCUUGUUGAUAAAAUUAACAAUUCAAUUGGGCAAGAUCCAAACUCGAAAACCUUGAUUGGAGUUCUUGAUAUAUACGGUUUUGAAAGUUUCAAGUUCAAUAGUUUUGAGCAGUUUUGUAUCAACUUCACAAAUGAAAAGCUGCAACAACAUUUCAAUCAGCAUGUCUUUAAAAUGGAACAAGAAGAAUAUACAAAAGAAGAAAUCAAUUGGAGCUAUAUUGAGUUUGUUGAUAAUCAAGAUGUCUUGGAUCUUAUCGAGAAGAAACCUGGAGGCAUCAUAGCACUUCUGGAUGAAGCCUGCAUGUUCCCAAAGUCUACACAUGAAACAUUUGCACAGAAGUUGUACCAGACAUUUAAAAACCACAAGCGCUUUAUCAAACCAAAGUUAUCUCGCACCAGUUUUACAAUAGCUCACUAUGCAGGAGAGGUAGCUUAUCUGGCUGAUCUUUUCCUGGACAAAAACAAAGAUUAUGUUGUUGCAGAACACCAGGAUCUCCUGACAGCAUCAACAUCCUCCUUUGUGGCCAGCCUCUUUCCAGCACUUCCACAGGAGACUUCAAAGCAAUCCAAAUUUUCUUCUAUUGGAUCUCGCUUUAAGCUUCAACUCCAAUCAUUGAUGGAAACUUUGAAUCAAACAGAGCCUCACUAUAUCAGAUGUGUUAAGCCAAACAAUGUACUGAAGCCUAUGAUUUUUGAGAACGUUAACAUUAUCCAGCAACUACGAUGUGGGGGUGUUUUAGAGGCAAUUAGAAUCAGCUGUGCUGGAUAUCCAACCAGAAGAACAUUCUAUGAGUUUCUUCUCCGUUUUGGAGUUCUUGCUCCAGAAGUUUUGGACGGGAACCAUGAUGACAAGGUUGCUUGCCAAAUGAUUUUGGACAAGAUGGGAUUGAAAGGUUAUCAGAUAGGUAAGUCAAAGGUAUUUCUUAGAGCUGGUCAGAUGGCUGAACUAGAUGCAAGAAGGGCAGAGGUGCUUGGAAAUGCAGCUAGAAUCAUUCAAAUGCAAAUCCGCACAUAUAUUGCACAAAAGGAGUUUAUUGCCUUACGACGAUCUGCUAUUCACUUGCAAUCUCAUUGUCGUGGUGUCUUGGCUCGCAAACAAUUUGAGCAGUUGAGAAGACAAGCAGCUGCUUUGAGAAUCCAAAAGAACUUCAAGGCAUACACAGCUAGGACAUCGUACAUGGCUCUCUAUUCAUCUGCGGUCACACUACAGACAGGCUUAAGAGCAAUGACAGCUCGCAAUGAAUUCCGUUUCAGAAAGCAGACGAAGGCUGCAAUAAUCAUACAGGCACAAUCACGGCGCUAUGCAGCAUUCUCUUAUUACAAACAGCUUCAAAAGGCUGCAUUAGUUUCUCAAUGUGGUUGGAGGAGAAGGGUUGCUCGGAAAGAGCUUAGGCAACUCAAAAUGGCUGCUAGAGAAACAGGUGCACUACAAGAAGCGAAAGACAAACUGGAAAAGCGUGUGGAAGAGCUCACAUGGCGUUUACAGUUGGAGAAGAAAAUGAGGACUGAUUUGGAAGAGGAGAAGGUUCAAGAAGCUGCGAAGCUGCAGGAGGCUUUACAUGCAAUGCAAAUACAAGUUGAAGAAGCAAAUGCCAGAGUCCUCAAAGAAAGAGAGGCAGCUAGGAAAGCUAUUGAAGAAGCUCCUCCAGUGAUUAAGGAGACUCCUAUUAUGGUUCAAGACACUGAAAAGAUUGAAUCACUGACAGCUGAGGUUGAGAGCUUGAAGGCUUCAUUGCAAUCAGGAAGAGAGGCUGCAGAAGAGACGAAAAAAUAUUACACGGAUUCUGAAGCCAGGAACUCUGAACUAGUCAAAAAGCUUGAAGACGCAGAACGGAAAGCUGAUCAGCUUCAGGAAUCAGUGCAGAGGCUGGAGGAGAAACUGUCUAAUGCAGAGUCAGAAAAUCAAGUUCUGCGUCAGCAAUCCCUCUCCAUGUCGCCAACAGGGAAAUCUUUGUCUGCACGGCCAAAAUCAGUCAUUCAUAGGACACCAAAGAAUGGCAAUGUAGCAAAUGGAGAAACGAAGGGAACACCGGAAACGCCUUCGUCUACACCAACUACACGGGAACCUGAAUCAGAAGAAAAACCACAGAAAUAUCUGAAUGAAAAGCAGCAGGAGAACCAAGACCUGCUGAUCAAGUGUAUAUCACAAAAUCUAGGAUUUUCCGGGGGGAAACCUGUUGCUGCAUGUGUCAUAUACAAAUGUCUUCUCCACUGGAGAUCAUUUGAAGUUGAAAGAACCAAUGUAUUCGAUCGUAUCAUCCAAACAAUUGCUUCAGCAGUCGAGGUCCCGGAGAACAAUGAAGUUUUGGCAUAUUGGUUGUCUAAUGCAUCCACAUUGUUGUCUCUGCUGCAACACACGCUCAAAGCAACUGGAGCCGCGAGCUUGACGCCACAGCGACGUAGAUCAGCAUCAGCUUCUCUCUUUGGGAGGAUGUCUCAAGGGCUAAGGACGUCUCCUCAAAGUGCUGGCCUCUCGUUUCUUAAUAGUGGCCGAGGUAUUAGUAGAUUGGAUGACCUACGCCAGGUUGAGGCAAAGUAUCCUGCAUUGCUGUUUAAGCAGCAACUUACAGCAUUCCUUGAGAAAAUAUAUGGCAUGAUCAGAGACAACUUGAAGAAGGAGAUCUCUCCAUUGCUUGGGUUGUGCAUUCAGGCACCAAGACAUUCACGCACAAGUUUAGUGAAAGGACGCUCUCAGGCUAAUGCUAUUGCUCAGCAAGCACUGAUCGCUCAUUGGCAGAGCAUUGUCAAAAGCUUAAACAGUUAUUUGAUUAUGAUGAAAGCAAAUAAUGUUCCUCCUUUCCUAGUGCGGAAGGUUUACACACAGAUAUUUUCUUUCGUCAAUGUCCAGCUAUUUAACAGCCUUCUUUUGCGACGCGAGUGUUGCUCAUUCAGCAAUGGGGAGUAUGUAAAAGCAGGUUUGGCCGAAUUAGAACAUUGGUGCGAUGAGGCAACUGAAGAAUAUGCUGGUUCUGCAUGGGAUGAACUAAAGCAUAUAAGACAAGCAGUUGGGUUCCUGGUCAUACAUCAAAAGCCGAAAAAGACAUUGAACGAAAUAACAAAAGAACUCUGCCCUGUUCUGAGUAUACAACAACUAUACAGAAUCAGUACCAUGUAUUGGGACGACAAGUAUGGCACGCAUAGCGUAUCUUCAGAGGUCAUAGCCAGCAUGAGAGUGAUGAUGACCGAGGACUCGAACAAUGCAGUCAGCAGUUCAUUCUUGUUAGAUGACGACUCCAGCAUUCCGUUCUCUGUGGAUGAGAUUUCCAAACCAAUACAACAAGCAGACAUUGCUCAUAUUGAGGCUCCACCAAUAAUUCGUGAGAACUCCGGGUUUGGGUUCCUACUGCACAGCUCUCAGUAGCAUAUGGCCAAGCCACAGACUCAAAAAGGCUCAUCUAGUGCAGGCCAUCAUGGGAUGCCCUGCCACGAACCAAUGAUGGCUAUUGAUUUAGACCAUGAUACGAUGCACGCCUUUUGAGCAUCCCCCGGUCGCUAGUAAGACAUGUGAAUAUAGAUACUAGCUUCUCUUGUUUUGCUUUGGGAUGGAGCAACAGCAGCAUCAGAAACGAACGAAUGUGCAUAGUAGUGGGUACCAUUGUUUUCAUUAAUUAUUAUUUGGACGAUCAUCUCAGGCAAGAGCCGUCCAAAUAAUUCAUUCUUUUUGGCCUUUCCUUUGUUAAGUAAACAAGGAGAAGGGCUGUUUGCUGAGAAAAAGGCGGAUUAAUCACCAUCAUCAUCAACAAUGAGUUGAGUUGAGAGUGGUUAUACGUCGCAGUGGGGUGUUUUGGGUGGCCUCAUCAUCAGUCUCCUCAUUCCAGGCAGCAAUGAGGAGGUGGUUUUGUAAUCAAAUUUUCAUGUUCUU